ACUUCCUCUAUGGUUUCUGUCCUCGCUUGGCCUCUGAGGCGUGUUCCUUGAAUACUUUUUAAAGAAGAACGCAUGAAAGUGUACUUUAUAUAAAAAAUGUCGGCUCUGAAAUACUGGACGACCGUCAUCUGCGCUUUGUUCACCGUCAUCGGAGCUGCUUCUGGUGAAGAUGUGAAUGUAUUUGGUGAAGUUGGUGGUACUGUGUCUUUUAGUCCGACCAGCUUACCUCCUCCUAAAAGCGGCAUUAUAUGGAAACAAGAAAAGGGCGUUGAAAAAGUAAAAGCGAUUGAAUGGGAUACUGAAGAUGGUUUUGACAUCCCGAAUCCGAGAUUCAAAGGCAUCACAACUCUUGAUGAGAAAACUGGAAAAAUCACUAUAACUAAAUUAAAAUUCGAACAUAGUGGACUUUACACCAUCGACAUCAGCAGUAAAGAGCAGGAACAGAGAUUCAACUCUGAAGUUUUGGCGCUGCUCCCCAAACCUGUGAUAAAAAUAGAGAAGAUUGAUAUUAACCCUAAUGCUGUGUAUUUAAAAUGUGAGUACAGUGAAAAGAUCAUCUGGAAGAAUUCUGCUGGAGAAACACUGAAGGGCACAAUCCAGAGUCCGAAAGGAGAACUUAUCACAGUUGAAAAAAAAGGAAAUCCAGAUGUUUUCUACACAUGCACACUCAAGAAUGCAGUGAGUGAGAGGACCAGUGAUCCGGUCUAUGAGAGAGAGCUGUUUGAAGAGAGUGGAUCUGUGUGGAUAGUUCUCAUCGCAAGCCUUUACUAA